UUGGCGCGACGAUGGCAAGGCAGAGGCGGCAGCGCCAACUUGCCACAGGGAUGAAGGCAGGAAGUUUGCUGCAGUACUUUAGUGUCCAGCAGCCUAUUACAGAGCACGAUGCACGUGUAAUUAGCGCGCCGCUGUCCAAGGCUGAGAACGUUAUGAUCCCAGGCAGCCCCAAGUCCUGCGACGACUGUGCAGAGGCCAAGUCCCCCAGCAGCCCACUUCAGCCAGCUGUGCCAUCACACGCCUCAGUAGGGGCUUCUCCAAGCGACACCACUAGCCACGUAGUACCUGUCAUUCAAACGGGGUCUUCAGCUCUGCCCAAAGGACUUGCCGAGUCUACCGCCAGCGAUCUCGUGCACACGUCGCCGCCGCAGGUCAUUGCCCCACUUGACUCUAACGAAUCCGCCUCUGUCGAAGAUCCCGCAACACCGGACGAGGCAAAGGGUGCUCUAAAGGGUACCCUUGGUCAUUCGUCAUCGCAUUCACAUGACCGCCAGAACAAAAAGGUCAAGCUGGACGACUCUGCUCUAUGCGCUUACGAACAAGAACGAUUGGCCAAGAUCCGACAGAACGCAGCGUUUCUGGCCUCUCUCGGCAUCGAUCACCUUCCGCAACCUCGUCGCACUUCAUCCAUCCAGAAACCCAAACCUCGUCGCAGGCCUCCGUCCUCGCCUCCUCCCGUCGCCCUUCGGCGGUCCUCGCGCCAACUGGCAGCCGGGGGGGUCGACAGUGCCGUCUCCACCGAAGAGCCAACACCCAAACAACCUCCAACCCGUCAACCGUUCGAUGUAUUUCCAGACACAUCGGUCCUCGUUCAGUACCUGUGCGAUACGCCAGGAAACCCUACUCUGUCACAGUCGGUUGCAACAGAGUGCAGCACCGUGUCACAGCAAGGACGGGGGUUCGCCACCACACCAUCGUCCCACGACCGCGUCGACACAAACCUCAAGCGGGUGUAUUCGAUGGCGUCGACUGGGCGGCUGCUGGUGGCGGCAGGUCACAACGGGUACCUGUCCUUGUACUCGUGUGACGUGGCGUACCAAUCAACUCCACUGUUGUCGUUUCGGGCUCAUCAAGGCUGGUGCAGCGGCGUAAACUUUAACCUGACGUCGCCAGCUCAAACUCGAAUGAUUACGGCAGCCAACGACGGCUUCGUGAAGCUAUGGGCUGUCGAUCCAUCGACUUUGGGGCUGGCCUUAUUGGGCUCGACCAACUUGCAUUCGAACAGCGGGAUCUUUAGCUUGGACGUUCAAACCUGCGAUGCUGUGAUUGCAACCGGGUCAAAAGAUUACACCGUCGCGCUCUCGGCUGUGACACAGUCCCACUUGCAAUUGGUGCGCACAUUGGACCACCAUACUGGCGUCGUCAAGUGCGUUCGGUUUUCUGCGACAGAGCCAACCAUGUUGGCCAGUUGUGGCAACGACCUGACAGUUCAAAUCACAGAUCUGCGAUGCCGUUCGUCUGUUGCUGCGACCUGCCUUGUUCAAGGGGGCCAUACCCGCGCCGUGAAUAGCGUGCGGUGGGCGCCAACGUGCCGUCAUACGGUCGUAUCCACAGGGUUUGACGGCAAGAUCCUGGUGUGGGACAUCCGGCAGCACGACCGCGGCCCCUCUGUCACAUAUGCGACAUCGGAAUUCAAAACCAUGUUUCCAGUGGAAUUCCUCGCCCCGAACCAGGUCGUGGCGGGGGUUGAUCGUGCGUUGGUCGUGUACGACGUGAGGACCCACGACGUGCGCAGUCGCGACGACCUCGAGUACGAUGCCGACUCGGUUCUGGUCAAGGACAGGGUGGUGGUGGCGGCGCAUCGGCAGACGCUGUCGACGUUUCAGUAUAUGGACACUGUACAGUAGGUACAUAUCACGGGUUCGUAAUAUAUAUAUAUACUGGCAUGGCCACCCAGCAGAGACAGUUAACCGCCACAGAUAUAUAUAUUUAUAUAUUGUCAAA